AUGAGCCGGCGUUUGUCCAAAAGAGUCGGAGAACACAUUCCAGCAUGGUUAGGAAAGGGUCAACUAAAGGGUGUAAAAAUUUCCAUUCUAGCGCAUCUAGUAGACUCUGACCAUCGCAUGGAUGCUAAAGAGGCCUUCCGAGCGAUCUACAAGGUACUCUCUAGCUACUCAAAAUUUCUUAAAGAGCGUCUGUUGGCUACGCCAGAAGCGGCCGCCAUCAGGCUACGCCAACCGGUCCUUUGCACCCAAAAGAAUUUCGUCGCGGCGCCACAGAUAUCAUGGUCAAAAGCUGCUAAUCCAACAGCCAGCAGCUUAGCACCUCAAUCGACUACCAGUUCCCCCUAA